AUGGAGAAACCUAUAGAAUUACCGACGUAUAUUAAAACAAUACAGGAUGGUGAAGAAGUCGAAGAUUUCUCCGAGGAAUCGGAUGAAGAAGUAGACUAUCAACCAUCUAAACAGAAAAUCAAAAGGAAAGCAGAUAUCAACCCUAAUUUUAAAUUUGUUGGAACUGUAGAUGAAUAUAAUAAGAGCCCAUGGGAUGACCUCCAGAAGUAUGUGAAGCGCAAUGUGAAACACACGCUAGAUGACAAGAUUCAGAUGCGGAGAGCCGCAGUAAAAGUCAAUGGGAACGCUGAGGAUGUCGACACAGACUCUGAUGUCGAUAACAAUGAAAAUGAUACGGGAGAACUGGAGAUAUCAGAUGAUGAGCUCAAAAAAGAUGAAAUCAAGAACAAACGUAAGAAGCUCACUAAGAAAGAGAAAUUGAAACAGGAAUUAGAAGACGAGACCGAGCAGGGCGCCCGCAUAGAAUAUGAUUCAGACUUCUUCGAGGAGCCUCCUCCGUACGACGAGAACGCGUCCUUCUACAUGAUGAACCUGUCCCGACCGCUGCUGAAGGCUAUAGGGACCCUCAACUACGUGCAUCCCACGCCCAUACAGGCCGCUACUAUACCUGUGGCAUUGCUUGGUAAGGACGUAUGUGCGUGCGCGGCGACGGGUACAGGUAAGACGGCGGCGUACAUGCUGCCCAUACUGGAGCGACUGCUGUACAAGGCCAGCGCGGGCCAGCGGGUCACCAGGGUCCUCGUACUCGUGCCUACCAGGGAACUGGGAGCGCAGGUACACACGGUGACGCGACAGCUGUGUCAGUUCACGGCGGUUACAGUCGGCCUCUCUAUCGGAGGACUCGACGUCAAAUAUCAGGAAACCAUGCUCCGUCGUAACCCGGACAUAGUGAUAGCGACCCCGGGCCGGCUCAUAGACCACAUCCGCAACACUCCCUCGUUCGGACUACACUCCAUCGAAGUCCUCGUGCUCGACGAGGCUGAUAGGAUGUUAGACGAGUACUUCGCGGAGCAGAUGAAGGAGAUCAUCCGCCAGUGCUCCCCGAAGCGACAGACCAUGUUGUUCUCAGCCACCAUGUCGGAACAGGUCAAGGAUCUCGCCGCCGUGUCGCUCAAGAAACCAGUCAAACUGUUUGUGGAUUCUAACAAGGAUGUGGCGUUUAAUCUCAGACAGGAGUUUGUGAGAAUACGUCGCGAGCGCGAGUGUGACCGCGAGGCGAUCCUGGCGGCGCUAGUGUGUCGCACGUUCCGCGACCGCGCGGUCAUCUUCGUACAGACCAAGAAACAGGCACACAGGCUACAUGUCGCGCUCGGCCUACUCGGCGUCAAGGUAGCAGAGCUCCACGGCGCACUAAACCAGCCUCAACGUCUGGACUCAUUGAAGCGGUUCAAGGAGGAACAGGUCGACGUACUAGUCGCUACCGACGUGGCGGCUCGUGGGUUGGACAUACCCGGCGUCAAGACUGUGCUCAACUUCACCCUGCCCGCCACGCUCGAACACUAUAUUCAUAGGGUAGGUAGAACAGCUCGCGCAGGUCGUGCCGGCGUGUCGGUGUCGCUGGCGGGGGAAGCGGAGCGCCAGCUUGUGAAGGCCAUCGUGAAGCGCGCGCGACGACCUGUCAAGUCGCGGCAGAUACCGCCUGACAUCGUCGCCAAGUACAGGGACAGAUUAGCUAGACUUGAGCCGGAGAUAGCCGCAAUACUAGACGAGGAAUACGCAGAGAAGCAAAUGAAUAAAAUGGAGAAACAAACAGCUAAGUUAGAAGGAGCCAUCAAGACGGAGGGAGAACAGAUCGGACCUAAGAUAGAGGUGCAGCGGCAGAGGGAGUGGUUCCAGACUCCUAAGGAGAAGAGGGAGGAGAAGGAGAGGCUCGCUCUUACUAAACAUCCUGAUAAAGAUAAAAAGAAGGGCGGUAAAGGUAAGAAGCGCAAACACGAGGACGAGGACGAUGACUCGGACGACGGCAGACGGAAGAAGAAGAAGCCGAACAAACACAAACCCAAGGACACGCCCGAGGAACGAGUCAACAGGGAGAUGGAGAAGGUCGCCCUCCUCCAAUCAAGAAUGGAGAAACGUAAGAAGAAACAGCGCAGGAUACGUGCAGUCGACGACGAUGACGACCGCCCACAGCACACACCUAGGAAAUCUAAUAAAAUGAAGAAAAAACAAAGUAAUUUCGCCAAUGACCUCACAGACACAUCAAGAACGGCAACUAAGAGACUUCGUUACGAUGCUAAUAAGGCCCAGAAGGAUAGCAAAGGGCCUCCAAGAGGCAAUAAAGGGCCUCAAAAGGGCAAUAGAGGGCCUCAAAAGGGAAAAGGCCCGGGUAAAGGCAAGCCCAACGCCAAACCCAAGGCGUUUGGUAAACCCCAGGCUGCAAAGGGACGUAGGAAAAAUAAAUAA